UCGGAAAGGAGAAUUUGUUUAGGUGUUGUGGUUUGGUGUUGUAUUAUUUUCUUGUGUUUGUGUUAUAUUUAUUUGGUGCAAUGAUGCCAACUUUUCGAGAAAAAGUUGGUGGCUUUUUGAGGCAACUUUCAACUGGUCAAGAAAAGAAAUCCGACAGCAAAUCUCCUUGUACAUCACCGACUUCCAGUGGUUCUUUCAUACACAAAUAUUUAUUAGGGGAAGUAAAAAAAUAUCAUCCUCAAGUUUUAUAUGGUAAAUCAUGUUAUGAUUUGCCAGUACAAGAAAUUGCUCCAUUGUCAAGAUCUGUUUUAUCUGCUUAUACUGGACCACAGGGUGGUUUAACUACAGUUGAUUUUGGUGCUAAGCCUUUCGAGUUUCCUGAUGCAGAUGUGUAUUUUAUUGAUGAAGAUCACAGGGACAGCUGUGAAAACUUGGGGAAGUUAAAAGAUAUUCACAAACAAGAAGAAACUCUUAAGGAUGACAUUCAGCCAUGGCCUGAUGUUGAACUGUCAAAACCAGAAAAUGUUGCCCGCCAAGAAAAAGAAAUAGCCGGCAUUAAAGAUUGGUGUUCACCUUGUGACUCAGCAUAUGGAAUAGCCACUACACUGUAUGAAUGCCAUCCUGUAACUAAAGAAAAUGCAGGAAAUCCUAUAGCUGAUGCAUUUGCAGUCGUUAUGAGGGAAAACAGUGCUCUCUUAGUAUUGGCAGAUGGUGUAAAUUGGGGUGAGAAGUCAUGUUUAGCUGCCCGAUGUGCAAUACAUGGAUGCGUCAACUACCUUAAUAAGGCUCUUUACAGAGAAGGAGGAGGAAGUAUGACAACUCAGGAUGUAUUUAUUAGUUUACUGCGUUCAUUCAGUGAAGCUCAUAAUCUUAUCCUUCAAGAAAAUGGAACACUUACUACUCUUUGUGCUGUUGUUGUGGCACAGCUGAGGAACUCCAACAAGUUUAUUGCAUGUGCAUGUAAUGUUGGAGACAGUCUGGCAUAUAUUUACAGUCCAAAAUAUGGAGUUCGUGAAAUAACACAAGGGUCACAUGAUAUUUAUUCCAUGAGGGACAUGAGAGAUGCCCUGGGUGCCUUAGGGCCAGUUGAUGGCAUUAAUCCUGAGCUAAGUAAUUUGACUGUUGCAAUGUCUGAACUGGAAGCUGAAGAUAUUGUGUUUCUUGCAAGUGAUGGCAUUUCAGAUAACUUUGAUCCAGUGGUAGGCAAAUUUGCAAUUCCAAGGAAAGUAGAAAAGAAAGCUAAGACUCCCACAGAUUCUAAUGUUGAAAGUAUGCGAGGAUCAGAUAUGAUUCACACGCUUAACCAGAAUCCUGAGAAAGAAAAUUUUGUUCUAGAUCUCAAUUUGCCUGUUGUUGAAGCUCAUCAGCGACAUGAAUUAACACUAUUGAGGAUGGAAGAUUUAAUAGUAAAUGGAGUUAAUGAGGGAGAUGGGCCAUGCAAAACAGCUAAGCAGAUAUGUGAGCAGAUGAUAGAUUUUGCUGAAAAGCUGACUAUUGCUAAGAGACGUAUUUUAGAAGAUCCAGAGCUUUACAAAAAUGAUGACUUAGAAGUUAAUCAAGCUGGCCAGCGUAUGAGGAGGCGAAAAGUGGGUGAAAAAUUAGCAAUGGUUCCUGGUAAAUUAGAUCAUGCUUCCAUUGUUGCGUACACUGUUGGACUGCGUUUUCCAGAAAAAAUACCUUUAAUAGCAGAAUGCGAGUCAUAUUCUGAUUUGAAAUGUUGAAACCCUAUUUCUGAUAAAUAAUGCUGAUAUAAUAAUUGUUUUAUUUAGGGAUAUUUAAUAGUAAAAAAAUUGUAGAAAUUUAGUAAAUUUUACUUUAUUUUACUGCUGCUUAAUUAAAAUCAAUAAAUAAAUAAAGGAAGAGGUAGAAAAUAUUUAUAUAUUGAUAAAAAAUUUAUGUUUAAAUAAUGAAUUCUCAUAUAGCUGUUAUGGAAAUGAUUCAUACAUAAUUCCGUGCACCUUUUUUAAUGCUUAAAAUCAGUAACUCUGUUUUUGCUUACGUGAUGAUGAAUCUAAUCUGAUAUAUAUUGUUUCAUAUAAUAUAAUUUAGUCAUUAUAUUCUAGUGUAGCAAAUGCUAGAUAUUUUUAGUUCCUACUGUGCCAUUUUAAUUUAUAAUUUAAUCUUUCUUUUUAUUUAAAUCAUUCUUACUGUAAUGCCAAUCUGCUGUCUGUUUUUCAUUUUCUAAAUAAUUGUGUUAAUAUUAAAAAAAAAAAAUUGUGUGUUGUAAUCUGUUUUGUGUUUCCAUGACUGUGAU